AUGACAGAAUUAAAUAUUGAUUGUCUUAAUCUUAUUUUUAACGAAUUACGAAAAGAUAAAGAAACUUUAUAUUCAUGCCUUUUAGUUAAUAAAAGGUGGUGCCUUUUAGUUGUUCCUAUUUUAUGGGAAAAACAUACACGGUAUAUUUAUCAUGAGGCUGAAAAAAAGUUUCAUAAUAUAAUACUUUCAUCUUUAUCAUCAUCAUCAAAACAAUUUUUAGGUGAUAAUAGAAUUAUAAUAAAAUUUUUUAAGGCUAAAAAAUUGAAAGAUGGUAAAGUGGGAAUUUGUAAGGAGUUAGGAAAAGUAUUGGGAAGAAAGGGGAAUACAAUAAAUUAUCUUAGUUUAUAUUCAAUUAAUAUUAUUCCGUUAAUGUCACUCGUUAAUUUGAAAACUUUAUUAAUUUAUAAUUUUGAACUUUAUGAUAGUGAUAGUAUAGAGGAUUUAGAAAAUUUUAUUAAAUCAAUUGCAAAUAAUUGUCCAAAGUUAAAAAUUUAUCCAUUGGAUGAAAUAUUAAAUUAUUUAAUUGAUAAUUUACCAAAAUCUUUAAAUAAAUUAAUACUUAGUGGAAAUUGGAAAUAUUCAAUUGAUAUUUUGAAAGAUUUCUUGAAAGUUGUAGGAAUCAUAAAUUAA